AAAUUGAUAUGCGAAUAGACAAAUAGGGAUAAGCCUGUCAUUAAAAUAUAAGCGGAAGUUGAAUAAAAUCUCGGUAAAUUUACGGGCACUAAAGAUAUUGUUAAAAAAAAGCCGAUAAAAUACCGAAAAUUCCCCAUAAACAAAUAUAUUCAACAAUUUGCUUUUGUUUAUGAUAGUGCAAUGGUAUUUUAUAAAAAUUAUUUUCUUUAAAUAAAUGAACGGCUGGGAGUAAGAAGCGGACAUCAAAAAGCUCAAGAAAUGAAAUAAAACCUGAAGCCUUCCCAGUGGUCAUUUAUUACAUCUUGACGGGAAUGCAUUUAGGGUGAAUUUCAAUAAAGAAUGUAAUAUACAGAAGUCAACAUAAGUUACCCAGCUCACUGGGGGGUCGGGCGAAUGCCCGUACCUCCUACAACUGAUUUACUGGCUACUAUUAGCAUGUUCGAACAGCAAAUCAAAUCGGAACCAUUGACUUAUUAUUCAGCAUGUCCGCCUCCUGGUCAGGAAACUCAAAAUUCACAUCAUGAUCUCCAACAGCAACAGCAGGGUCAACAAAGUGGUCAACAGCAACAACGUUCUGUUAUAACGGCAAUUGACAAUAAAAACAACGUGCUACAUUCGCAAAUUUUGCUGGCACAACAAUCAAGUACUCCCUUAUCUGUUGUCGCUGAUGGACUGAAACCGGAAAUUAUUCAAUCAAAUAAUGGAAUGUCAAUAUCAUUAUCGUCCACAAACAGCACUGGAUCAGGACAAUCAAGAAGUAAACCUCAAGCAUGCAAAGUUUGUGGUAAAAUGCUUUCAUCAGCUAGCAGUUACUACGUACAUAUGAAGCUUCAUUCAGGAACUAAACCCUUUCAGUGCACAGUGUGCGAAGCAGCGUUCUGUAGAAAACCUUACCUUGAAGUGCACAUGCGUACACACACAGGCGAACGACCAUUUCAGUGCGAACUUUGCUUAAAGCGAUUCAGCCAGAAAUCUUCACUAAAUACCCACAAGCGUAUUCACACAGGUUAUUGGAGCAUUCAUAGACCGUUCCAGUGCAGCCAGUGCAGUUCAUCAUUUUGUCGGAAACCCUAUUUAGAUAUCCACAUGAGAACACACACUGGCGAAAAACCAUUUCAAUGUGAUAUUUGUUUGAAACGGUUUACACAAAAAUCUACUUUGAAUAUCCAUAGGCGGACUCAUUCGGUUCAAGAUCGACCUUAUCACUGCGAACAAUGCCCAGCAACAUUUGCACGUAAACCUUAUCUUGAUAUACAUAUGAGGACACACACCGGCGAACGUCCUUUUGAAUGCGAUGUGUGUCUUAAACGCUUUACUCAGAAGUCAUCACUUAAUAUUCACAAAACUGUUCACAACGUAGGCAUACGUCCUUUUCAAUGCACACUUUGCCCGGCCGCGUUCGUACGGAAGCCUUAUCUUGAUAUUCACCAGCGAACUCAUACUGGAGAAAGACCCUUUGAAUGUGAAAUUUGCUCCAAACGAUUUUCACAACGAUCAACAUUAAAUAUACAUAAACGAAUUCAUACAGUAGGCAUACGUCCUUUUCAAUGCACACUUUGCCCGGCCGCGUUCGUACGGAAGCCUUAUCUUGAUAUUCACCAGCGAACUCAUACUGGAGAAAGACCUUUUGAAUGUGAAAUUUGCUCCAAACGAUUUUCACAACGAUCAACAUUAAAUAUACAUAAACGAAUUCAUACAGGUGAAAGGCCGUAUGCAUGUGAUAUUUGCAACAAGACGUUUGCUGUUAAAAGUUAUGUUACUGCACAUCGUUGGUCGCAUGUCUCAGAAAAACCUUUGAGCUGUGAUCGUUGUUCGAUGACCUUUACUAGUAAAUCGCAGUUCGCUGUUCAUAUUCGUACACAUUCGGCAGGUCAAAAUUUCGAAUGCAAUGUUUGUGGGCGAGCAUUUAUUCGUGAUAGUUACCUUAUAAGACAUCAUAAUCGAGUACAUCGUCAAGAACGUACAACUGCAAACAGUAUAGCAACUAUAAAUAGCGUGGCAACUGGAGAAGAUAUUGGUAAUGCUAACACACCCGACCGUGUGGAUGUUUUCGAAACAAACAGCUCCCAAGUUUGUGAUUUAAGGUACGUCCCGAACUUGGUGAUGAAUAGAUCACCAGCAGUCUCUCAGUUAUCUCCAUCGGAAAGUAACCAUGCAAUAUCAAUGAAUCAUCAGGAAGCUAAUCGCAGUCAAAUAAGCCUCAAUGAAGUAAGAAGCAUGAAUAUAAGCGAACGCUUAAUUCAAGAUGCCAGGGUGAUUCAUGAAAGAGCAGUUCAAGAACAACAACGUGCCAUACAAGAAAGGGCUAAUCAAGAACGACUACUGCAAGAGAGUGCAUUUCAGGAACGUGCAUUGCAGGAUCAACACGUUAUUCAAGAGAGACUUCUCCAGGAGAGUGCAAACGGGGAGCGAAUCAUUCAAACAGCAGCUGCCCAUUCAUCAUUAAGCUUACAGCAAGGCCAUGUUUUAGCUCGUAACAAUAUAUUAGAAAAAUCUACGGUGAUCAGCCCAGGUUCAGUUUAAAUUAUACGAAUAUAAAAUAAAAUGGCAGUCACACAAAUUUUGAAUAUUCUUCUAGACGAGUGUUUAGUUAUGUAGACUUUAUUAUAAGACGUUUUUUGCUUAUCUAUAUAGAAAACGGAAGGUUAAUUUACAAAAAUACAACAAGUAAACACUAAAAAUUCAUCAAUAUUUAUAUUUGUAAGAGCUAAGUCCUUAACUUAAAUGCAUUUUCUAUAUCCAGACUGAGGAAAUAUAAAGAAAAUAAGCCCUGAAAGACAUCCAGGCUAACGGUUAUCUAUAAAAUAUGUAGUCUAGUAGCUAUGGUCUUUUAUUAAGUUAUUUUCUUUAAAAAAAAAUUAUAUAGAAUACACUUCGUAUUUAAACUCGUGUGUUGUUAUUUUAUAUCUUUCCAAGACUAUAUAGAUCAGCAAAUUCAAAACGUAUUUUUUUUUAUUUCAUUUAAUGAAAGUAAAAGCUUGACAUAUAUUAAGUAACAUUGUAUAUAUGUAUGUAUUAUAUAUUUAUAAGAAAAAUAUUUUCACAGGAAAAAUUUAAUUUUUUUGAAAACGAUUUUUCAUUAUAUUGAAAAUUACUUACUAAUAACCCAUAAAAUUGAUUGAAAAUGCUUUAAGCUAUUUGCAAUAUAACUAAAAUGCUUUUUAAUAGA